AACAUUCAUAGUAAUCAACGACACAAAGAUAGAUAGUAGAGAUUUAUGCGGAGAAACUGAAGUGACAGGAGUUCUAGUUCAGUCGGUGGUUGUUUUCUCCCUUCAAUCUUAACAUGUUCGGAGCUGUUUCAUCUUCAACACCACUGUGCUUUUCACCUUCAACCAGAUUCAAUCUUGACAAAGGAAUCUCAAAUUCAACUCAGACAUUAACCUAUCUUCACUCUUUCUCACUAUUCACACCUCCCUCCCUUCAUUUCUCUCUCUCUAAAAAACAACCCCAUUUCUUUCCACAACUUGCUUCAUCUUUAUCUUCAUCUUCAUUUUCAGCUGUAAAUGCUGAAUACAUUGAGGAGCCAGCGACAAAUGUGAAAUUUCCGACAUCUUUGAGUUUCCCGGGUUGCACAGACUCAUUAACCUUAUUUGGAACUGGAUACAGAGAAAAAGUUUUCGCGAUUAUCGGCGUCAAGGUCUACGCAGCAGGACUGUAUCUAAAUCAGUCUAUCGUAAGUGAUUUGAACGCUUGGAAAGGAAAAUCGACAGACGCGAUUCAAGAGAAUUCUUCCUUGUUCAACACCAUUUUCCAAUCUCCGCUUGAGAAAUCAUUGCAAAUCAUUCUUGUGAGAAAUGUUGAUGGUAAAACUUUCUGGGAUGCGUUAAGUGAUGCCAUAUCACCAAGAAUUGCAAAACCAACAACUGCAGAUGAAACUGCAUUGACCACUUUCCGUAGCGUCUUUCAAGAUCGAUCCCUUAAAAAAGGAACUUUCAUUUUCUUGACUUGGUUGAACCCCUCCAAAUUGCUUGUUUCUGUCUCGUCGGACGGAAUUCCAUCUACCGUUGAUGCUACAAUUGAAUCUGCAAAUGUGACUCAUGCUCUCUUUGAUGUAUUCCUCGGAGACAGUCCUGUUUCUCCCUCCUUGAAAUCUUCAGUGGCUGAAAGCUUGUCUAAAGUACUCGAGUAAACAAAUUUAGCGUCCCGGGAAAAUUUCAUGCGUCGAUGUUUUCUUCAAAUGGUUCAAUCUUUGAAUGUAUUACUGCAGCCUCUUUUCUAUGUUUGUAAUCAAACUCUAUUCCAUUCCAUAAUAUAUAAUAGUGUCAGUGAUUUCACAUAA